AUUCUUUGCAAAGUGAAGCUUUACAUCACUUACUGAGCUGUGGGGCAACUGCUCUUUGCAAAGUGCACAGUAUGUUUGCCUUUAGUAAAUCAACCCCAUUGUGUCCAAUUAUUUAGAAUUUUCUCAAAUAGCCAAAUCAACUUACAUAUGGCUACGUUAUACCUUGCUCUUUCUUUUUGUGCAUCAUUUGAGAUUUUCUAAAAGCCUUAAACGGCCCAAAACAUAGAAGACUAAUAUUAUUACUCCCAAAGUUGGCUAAAUAUUGUAGGUAUUGAAGUUACGAAAAUGCACCUUGCACUGAUCAUGUCCUUUGUUUUAUCCUCUGCCUCAACAAACUAAAACAAAUAUGUCAUCAACUUAGGGCGUGUGCUGCCACGUGAUUUUCUAUCUGGCAAGGUGUCACCAUUUUGUGGUGAAGCAAUGGAAAAAAGCUAAAAGUAAGGUGCCAUUUUAAAACCAGAAGCCUGGAGGUGUAAUGAUAAUGCUUUUCGAACGAUGAGGCCAGUGACGUCUUGUUAUUAGUAUAUACAGCGGCUAUUUGGCAGGGAAACAGCGUGCUACAGUUUAUUGUAUUUCUGGAAUCAAAAAACCUAUUUACGAUUUAACAGCAGCGAUCCCUUGAGGUAAACAGAAGCACGCACAGAGUCGUCUUUUUAGCAUUGCUUGCCAUACGGUAUUUCUUCUUGUGGUAUGAAGUUUUUUUUUUUUUUUUCACCUCUCUUUAGCUCUAGAUAGAGAGCUUUUGUUCAUAUUCUCACUGGUCUGUGAUGUAUUGACAAACUGUCUGCUGAGUGCACAGCAUAGUUUUAACAGGACAAGCCAAUGCAGAUUUGUGAUGUGUAUAGUCAGGGCUGCUUAUAGUUUAGAAGGAAGCGAAUGCAAUAGGUCAGAAGAAUGUACCAUUUAUAAACACCCCUCCUUUCCUUUUUAUGCUCAUGUGUGAGAUGUAGCAGAGUGAAGGCAGCGUGUACACAAGGCAGAACAGGCAGCACAGGAGGAGAGUCAGCCUGGAAGUGAUCUGCAGUUCUUGCCUUCCCGUCUAGUGAUUUUCCAAGCUCUUCAGCUUCUCUCGCUCUCUCUCUGUUUCUCCCCCCUCUGUGGAAAGGACGGGUCGUUUUAUUGGAAAAUAACAUGGUUCAGCCCACUAACUGCAUGCUGCAUGUUGGGUAAAUUCAAAACCCACAUGCGAGACCUAGUGCGGAAGAAUUAUUUACAUCUGAUGGAUAUUUUCGCUGCUUAUUGCAUAGUAAUGAGCUUCUGACAGGCGCGACCUUUCAUAAGACAGCUCACAUUAUUGGCUUCCUGCCCAGAAUAUUGCUGCAACAUUAUCUGUGAUUGGUUAUCUCCCUAUCAUGCAUUGCUUCACAGGGGAAACAGCUUCUUCUUCUUUUUUUUUUUUGUUUUAUUAAAUCUACGAUGGCUGGCUGCAAUAUGUUACUCUGUUGGUACUAAGAAGUGCCUUUCCUGACGUCCCUGCUGCUUGGACCCGCUUCUAGAGCAGCCUCUGCUUUUUGCCUUGCUUGCUGCCAGCUACACUGCAACGAGAGCAAAUCCACCCUUCUCAUCUAUACCUCCCCUUCCCAAUUCUGCUCCUAAUCAAGACAGAUCCCUGCAUAAGGCACUGUGGGUAUAGUAACAAAAAAAAAAGAAACCAAACAAAGGUGACUGCUUUUGGGAAAGCAAAGACAGACACAUGGGGAUAUAGGGAAAUCCAGUGGAAACCUUUUUGAUUUUUUUCUCUACAGUGCUGCAUCGAUACAUGCCUAACUAAUCAAUACAGAUUGCACAGCAGAUCCCUAUUGAAUUGCCAGUUCAGCUGCGUGGAGAUUACCUUUCAGCAAACUUUACUGAGAGCAGCCCGGAUAGCGUGUGCCAGCACAGGGGUCGCCACGUAUUCAUGCUUUUGGGCUGAAUAUCAGAACUCCAAAUGGGUUACUGAGAGGACAGAGAAGCUCCAGGCCACCUCAAUUACGCAAACCAAAUGUUUUUAAUAUCACAAAUCCGCUACUGUGUAUUAUUUGUAAGGUAGUAGCUGAAGAGCAGUGAGACAUCUGUAUGCAUAUACAGACAGCACAGUUUUACCAUUUCAAAACUACAAGGGAGACAGAAAGGACGAUUGGAGUUUUUUCGUUCCCUGGUGACUUCCGAGAAGUUUUUAGCUAUCUGUAGAAUUUAAGUAUGGCUGUUAGCAUGGGACCCAUCCGGGACACAAAAUGGCUAACAUUGGAAGUGUGUCGGGAGUUCCAAAGAGGGACCUGCUCAAGGCCAGACACAGAAUGUAAAUUUGCACACCCUGCGAAAAGCUGCCAAGUCGAAAAUGGACGAGUAAUCGCCUGCUUUGAUUCACUGAAAGGUCGCUGUUCACGGGAGAAUUGUAAAUAUCUCCAUCCACCACCACAUUUAAAAACACAGUUAGAGAUAAAUGGACGGAAUAACCUGAUUCAACAAAAGAACAUGGCCAUGCUGGCCCAGCAAAUGCAGCUAGCCAAUGCAAUGAUUCCUGGUACUCAGCUCCAGCCUAUGAUCCUAGAUAAAUAUCUCUCCCCUCACCUUAUAGUUGGCGGGGACUACAAUCUGAUGGCACACUCCUUUCUGGACAGAAGCCGAGUUCCAAUGUUUUCAGUCGCACCAAACCUAGCCACAAAUGCAUCAGCCUUUAACCCAUACCUGGGGCCUGUCUCACCGGGUCUUGUACCUACUGAAAUUCUUCCUUCUGCACCAAUGCUUGUCGCUGGGAGCCCAGGAGUAGCUAUGCCAUCAGCCGCAGCAGCCGCUGCACAGAAGCUAAUGAGAACAGACAGACUAGAGGCCAGCUACAAUCAGGCAGCUGCAGUGAGAGCUUCCCCACGUUGCCCAACCAAUGACCUCAACCCCGAUGUGGAGGGAGCACCCUCUUUAUGGUUUAGAGGUAGUUCAGUCUCCAUGCCAGCUCAAUCCUGGGCCUCUCCUGAGCAGAGACUGCCUGUUAUGCCAAAUUAUGUGUGGUGGUUUUGUGAUGCGGACUCCUGCCCUGUGGGAACUGAUCUGAGACCAGCAAACUCAUUUCACUUAGGACAUCAAACUGGACUUGACCCCCGGUCCCAGAAGAGAAAGGUAUGUCGGGAGUACCAGCGUGGGAACUGCAAUAGAGGAGAAAAUGAAUGUCGGUUUGCCCACCCAUCUGAGAGUGCAAUGAUUGAUAGCAAUGAUAAUACAGUCACUGUGUGCAUGGAUUACAUUAAAGGAAGAUGUUCACGGGAAAAGUGCAAAUACUUCCAUCCGCCUGCACACUUGCAAGCCAAGAUCAAGGCUGCUCAGUACCAGGUCAAUCAAGCUGCAGUUGCUCAGGCAGCAGCCACAGCAGCAGCCAUGACUCAGUCGGCUGUCAAAUCACUGAAGCGACCCCUCGAGGCAACCUUUGACCUGGGAAUUCCUCAAAAUGUACUUCCCCCAUUACCAAAGAGGCCUGCACUUGAAAAAACCAAUGGUGCCACUGGAAUGUUUAAUACGGGUUUUUUCCAGUACCAACAGGCUCUUGCCAACAUGCAGCUCCAGCAGCAGGCAGCGUUUUUCCCACCAGGCUCAAUAUUGUGCAUGACACCCGCUGCAAGUGUUGUACCCAUGAUGCACGGUCUAGCGCCGUCUGUGUCUGCAGCCGCAACAUCUGCCACAAGUGUCCCCUUCGCUGCAACAGCCACAGCCAACCAGAUACCCAUAAUAUCUGCAGAUCUCUGAGUAGUCACAAGUAUGUUACACAGCUCUAGAGAUUGUAUCAUGAUGCAAUCAAAGUGAACUUGAAGAAAAAUACAGGCCAAGGCCGUUAGCCAUAAUGUGCAUACAACACCAACGCGAAACACAAAAAUCCCAACAGUUAGACAUCUUGCAUGCUGAACAAUGUCAAGAUCAACACAGAAUCCAGUUGCAAUAUACAAUUAGUACAUUUUCUUUCUGUCUAAGUAUACAUCAUAUCCUGUCAUUUCACAAUGCAGAGUGUAUACAUGCAUCUCUUUAGUACCUAUCAUAUACUCAUAUGACCAUUAUAUAACAGUGCAAAGAGCCGUUUUGUGCAGUUAAUGAUAGCCGAUCAAAAGUAAACUUUCAUCAGUUUAAAGUUGCCCAACUAAUGUAGAAUGCCUAGUGAUUGGCUCUUAUGUCCACUGCACUUUGCACAUUGCUCUUUGUCUUAAUAAAUAGGGCCAUAGUGUAUGUAUUGCUUCAUGCAUUGGAAAUUCAGCCUAUGUUGUAACAUCUCCAAUGUGUUGGUACGUCUUUUGACCAAGAUUAUACUUUUAAUUUUUUUUUUCAAGGUUUACAAAUAACAAAAGGUGCACCUUGUAUUUAAAAUUGCCAUUGUAGCUGAGAGUAUGCAUGCAGAGUAGUUUUAUAAGGAUAAUAUUUUUCUUGUUAUAGAUUGUAAGAGUUGGUAAAAGGUCUGAGACACAUGAAUGUGCCAAGUAAACCACAGCUGAAUAUGUUUUUAAAGCACAUAAAGGCUUUGAGUACGGUAUUACUAAUUGUUCUCAUAAAGUCUUAUUGACUGUACAUGAUUAUAGAGUAUUAUUUCAGCAGUGUUAUUUUGGAAGCUUCCACAUUUACAUGUGGUUGUAUGCAUCAAGCUAAGGCACUGUUGAAGUUUUUAACCAAAGUUCUCAUAGAAAUGAGUUUAUCUGAACCUAAGGUGUAGGCUUGACAUCACGAGAAAUACCAUCCUUUUAUGUGGGCUUUAAUUCAGACUAAUCAGACAAUGUCACGGUGUGACAGAUGACAUGAACUAUGUACAGGGUAGGUCUCACAGACAAACAAUGAAGUACUAUAAGGCAUAAUAGUGGCUGAUGUAUAAAAUUUAGAGCGCAAAGUUUAGUGUGUAAUAUCAGAUUCAAACUGCUGUAUCUCUAGAACAGAUUGAAAAAUAAAAGCCAACAACAGAUCA